GAUAUUACAAUUCAUCGAUCACUUCUUCAUUGAAUACAAAGAGAUCUUAACCACCCUACAGCAUGGAGAUUAAAAUUCGAUCCAUACAAUCCAUAAAACCAUCAAAGCCAACUCCAGAAAAUCUACGCAAUUUCAGGUUAUCAUUGCUUGAUCAGCUGGCUUCUUCGUAUAUAAAUUUAAUCUUCUACUAUAAGGCCAGUGGUGAGAUUAACAUUUCCGAUAGAUGCACUCAGCUGGUCAAGUCUUUAUCCGAGGUGCUAACCUUAUUUUACCCAUUAGCUGGCAGGAUCACAGAAGAUGGGCUCAUAGUUGAUUGUAGUGAUCAAGGGAUCAAGUAUUUGGAGACUCAAGUGAGUACAAGACUGGACGAUUUUCUUGAACAAGGUCCCAAGAUCGACCUCGUUAAUCAACUCAUAGGUGCACCAGAUCAAGUCACAACCACGUUGGUAAUCCAGGUCAACGUCUUUGAUUGUGGUGCACUUGUUAUUGGUGUUAGUGCCGCACACAAAGUCACCGAUACAAGCAACCUAGUAAGGUUCAUUAAUGAAUGGGCUAGCAUGAACCGCACAGGGGAAAGCAGUGGUGCCUUUUGCCCUUGUAUUGAUAACAUGGCCUCUCUCUUCCCAGCAAGGGAAAUUUCAUCAUCCAAGUACUCACUGAUUCCAAAUGAUCCUGAAGCCAUAAUUGUCACAAAAAGGUUUGUAUUUAAUGGGUAUACUAUAUCAAAGCUAAGAGCAAAAGCCAGUUCCCCAAAUCGUAAGCAUAGUCGCGUAACAUUGGUGGCUUCAUUAAUAUGGAAGGCCCUUAUAUCUAUUGAUCAUGUCAAAAGUGGGAGCUUCAGGGAUUGCUUGUUGGCACCUGCGAUAAAUUUAAGGGGAAAAGCGAACUCAGCAAUAUCAGAAAGUUCGUUCGGGAAUGUAUGGACUCCUUAUCCAAUCCGCUUUUUGCAAAAUAAAAUGGAACCCGAGUUUGUCGAUCUUGUGAACCUGAUAGAAGACACAACAAGAAACUUUAUCACGUGGCUUCCAAAAGCGAGUAGUGAAGAGAUAUGCACACAGGCAAUUGCAUGUUAUGCCGAGGCUGUUGAAGAAGUAAAGCAAGAUAAGUUUGCCAUUUUUACAAGUUGGUGUCGGUUCCCUAUAUAUGAAGCUGAUUUUGGUUGGGGCAAGCCCUACUGGGCAAGUGGUACUGGCAGUUCAAUAGAAAUCGUCACAUUAAUGGAUGACAAACAUGGCGAUGGGAUUGAAGCAUGGGUGAGUUUGAAUGAGAAAGACAUGUAUCUGUUAGAACAAGAUGAGGACCUUUUAGCCUUCACCUCCUAACUGCUUUUAACUUCUCAAAUUAUAGUCAUCCUUACAUUUGUUGUAACUUUCCCAUAUGAAAUGUUUUGGCAUAUUAAAGCAGCUUCCUACACCAAAAGAUG